AUGAAGCGCAUCCCCAAAGAACACGUCCAUCAAUGGACAGAAAUCAAAGGUUUCAAUGAUCUACAGAAAAUAAUGUACUUCAGGAACAGAGUUCAGAACAAAACAGUUGCUGAACAGAUAAUUGAUCAUAUUGCGACAUCACGGAGCUUAUUUAUCAUGUGCCACAUACCCAUCUUCUGUUGGAUUGCCUCAAAGGUUCUUGAGUACUUGCUUUUAAAAAUGGAAAACAGUCCAGAGAAAACCACUAAGAUACCCACAACUCUCAUUGAAAUGUACACACACUUCUUUUGUAUUCAGAUAAGGAUCGCUGCWGAGAAAUACGACAAGGAGAAUGAGCUAGAUAUCACUGAAAUCUUCAGAUUGAAUGAAGAUUUCAUCUUCAARCUGGGCAGGAUGGCAUUUGAAAAACUGAACAAAGGAGAAAUCAUAUUCAGCAGUGAUGAUCUAAAAACUUAUGGCAUUGACACGAAGAAAGCUGGAGUCGACUGUGGAUUGUGUACCACAAUAUUCAAAGAAGAGAGUAUCUUUCACUCAAAGAAGCUUUACUGCUUUGUGCAUUUGACAAUUCAGGAGUACUUUGCUGCUCUCUUUGUGUACAGAAGCUUUGCAAGUAAAACAAUCGAUUCUCAAAGCCUCAAAGAUUUCCUUCUGAUAGGAUCUGAGGAAGAGCUGAAGGAAACCUUGGAUGUUCACCCAGUUGAUCUGCCUUUGGAUGAGCUAAUGGAAAUUGCUAUAGCUAACUCAACUUUGAGAAAGACAGGAGAACUGGACAUGUUUCUUAGGUUCCUCAUUGGCAUGUCCUUAGAGUCGACUCAAAAUCAGCUUCAAGGCCUCAUUCAGCAAACGGAGAACCACUCUGAAGUUGUAGAAGAGAUCAGGACAAGCAUAACAGAAAUUGAUCUUUUGGACUGCUCUCCAGACAGAUGUCUGAACCUUGUUCACUGUUUGGCUGAACUGAAAGAUGAUUCCCUGUAUGACAGUGUGAGGCAGUUUCUGAAUCCAAAUCAAUACCCAGAAACAGAGCUCACCCCUGUUCAGUGUUCAGCUUUGGCUGACUUAAUGCUAAUGUCAACUACACCUAUAGAGGAAUUUGACCURACGAAAUACACAACAAAAAUUAAAGGCAUUUUCAGGAUUAUCCCAGCUGUGAGGAACUGCAGAAAAGCCAGAAUAUCAGGUGCAGAUCUUAAUCCCUGGAUUUGUGAAACAAUCUCUUCGGCUCUGUGGAAUCCACGCUCUCCACUAACUGAACUACAUCUGGUGCAUAACACUUUUUAUGAAAAAGGUACUGAUGUACUGAUUGAUGGACUGAAAAACUCUCCAUGUAAAYUGGAGGCUCUCAGUCUUUCAGGACACGGACUCUCAACAUCAGUGGCAGAAGAKUUGACCUCAACUUUAAAAUCAGUAAUCGCCAACAUAAGAGAACUGGAGCUGAGUGAAAACGUGUUGAGAAACUCAUUACUGCCAGUGAUCUCUGAGGCUCUUCAGUGCCAAAAACUGGAGAAGCUCAGGCUGAACAGAAACCAUAAGAUUCAACAAAUCUGCAAUGAGAUAGUGAAGGCUUUCACCACCAACUCAACAAAUCUGAGAGAACUAGAACUGAAUUACACCAAUUUUGCCGACUCAGAACUUGAGAUCUUAUCAUCGGCAUUGAAGAGCACAAGCUGUUCUCUGGAGAUCCUGAGACUCAGUCACAACAAGUUGACUGCGAAAGGUUGCGAGACCCUGGCUUUGGCUCUCACUUCCAGACCUACACCUUUAAGAGAGCUGGACUUGAGCUACAAUGACCUGCRUGWUUCUGGAGUAGAGAAAYUCUGUAGUGCACUGACAAGUUCACAUUGUGGUUUAGAGACAUUAAGGCUGUCAUUCUGUAAAGUGACAGAAGAUGGAUGUUCCUCCCUGGCAAAGGCUCUGAUGUCUGACCACUGCAACCUCAGGGAGUUGGACCUAAGCUUUAAUCACCUGACAAAUMAAGGAGUCAAAACCCUGAUGGAAAAACAGAGAGAUUCACACUGCAGUCUAGAAAAUCUUAAUGUGGACCAUAAUGAAGAAUGCUGGGUUAACCAUAAACUAUUGCGAAGGUAUGCCUGUGAUCUGACGCUGGAUGAAAAAACUGCAGGUCAAAGAAUCACUUUGACCCAAGACAAUAAACAAGCACAUUUUCAUCAAGAGAAGCAACAUUAUCCUGAUCAUCCAGACAGAUUUGAUGCGCCACAGGUUCUUUGUAAAGAGGGUCUGACAGAACGCCAUUACUGGGAAGUUGAGUUUCACGAUUCAUCAGACGGUGAGGUGGGCGUGGCAUACAAAAGUAUUGCCCGCAGUGGAGACUCUGGUUCUGAGUAUUCUUUAGGACAGAAUGAGAAAUCUUGGUCCUGGUCCAUAGAUGGAACUUUUUCACACAGUGGUUCCACUGACUGGUUUUUGACUGAGAUUAAAAUACGGAGCCUUGGAGUGUAUUUGGAUUGGCCAGCAGGUAUUUUGUCCUUCUUUGAAGUUUCUCCAGAUGAAUUGACUCACCUGUACACGGUACGCACAACUUUUACUGAACCACUCUAUCCUGGUUUUGGUUUAACUUAUGGAUCAGUGUACAUAAAAGAAACAGAAAUGGAGUAAAGAAUGAACUAAAUAAGAUUGCUGUGAGGCAUAGACAAUGGAUUAAACAAGGCAGCACAAGAAAUCUUUUAUUCAGGUUCUACAACCGAUAGGUCACCUUGAACGACUGGUGUGCAUCCGCACUGUGCGGGAGUGAGCUGUGCGUACAGGAUCAUGAAUGUCAGAGCAUAGACACUCCUCCUGACUCUGACUGGUUGCUUUGGUUUGGGAGUUGUGUAUUUUUCUAAAUGCUAUUAGGGGCACAGGAAAGAGGCAGUGGGACUUGAUUUUUUUCACAGAUUAGCUCUCAUUUUCUACUUUCAGGAUAUAAUGAGAUUUUUAAACAAUAUGAAAAUAAUAUAUCUUAAAAUUUCCCAAUUCAUCAAUAGAUUUCUGCUGAUUCCAUCUGACUGCCAUCACCACAUUCAUUCACUGUUAUUCAGUUAGAACAAAAGGAGGAAAAAAGUGAGUCAAAUUUUCCUUUUUGUAAAAAGAGAGAGCCAGGACAUAAUGCCAGUGAAAUAUCUAAACAAUGCUUCAGUAGUCUAUUCAUUAACCUGUUUAACCUGUGCAUUCCAAAUGUUAAAACCUUUGACUUAAGAAAAACUUAUCUCACUUUAUUCUUUAAAACGGCAGCAUACAUUAGAGGCUGUACAUACAGCAGAGUUAGAUAAUUGCAACUCUUAACAAUUUGUUCUUCUCACCCGAUUUUGUAACACAUGUGAGAGGCAGUCUGUACUGCCAUCUAGUGGUCAGCAUGGACAAGCCAAAACAACAGAAUGAGCUAUUUCUGAUAGUACCGCACUGGUUUUUACCUGGCCGUACAUAAGAAAAAUAAUUUUCUUAUUAUUUUAGAUGCGUAAUCAAAACAUCUCAUCUCAGCACGGUGUGUGGAGACAGGGUUUGAGUGAGAUCUUUUCAUAAACUGGGCAUACAUUAGUGAUAUUCGAGAGGCUAAUCAUUACAAAUAACUUCUUCGCUAUGUCAUUAAUAUUUCCUCUACUGACCUUUUGUCUUCUAAGAAGUUAGAAUCGGUUUCAGCAGCAGUAAUACCACAUUUCCAUUGGUUGAAUUCAUGUACCUGGCAGCUUUAGAGUAAACUCCAACUUAAUGUAAUGUUUACUGGGCUUUCAGUAGUCCCAGUGCAAAGGGGAGUUUGCAGAGUUGGUCUUAAACUAACCCCUGCAACUUAAUUUUAAACAUUUGUUAAAUGUGCAAAAGGCAACAAAGUUUCACGCCAAAAUAGAUACAUUCAUGCACUUACUUAUGUUUCAGUAUUAAAAAUCUACAUGGAGAAGAUCAAAUGACUAAAAGAACAUUGCAGCAAACAUCAAAUCCCUGAUCAGCUGGGCGAGGAGAAGCAAAAAUAUGGGUUUUAUGAUGCUUUUUUUUCUUUUGCAGCAUAACUAUACUUCUUUAUUAAAGUCUUUUAUGAAUGCUUAAACCUGUGUGCCUGCCUUUUAAAGUUUCCUUCUACGCCCAAAAUUACAUUUAUAAAAUAAUAAACGAUAACUAAACAGUAACCAGGAAACAUGCUCUGGCUCMAUGUGAUUUAAUAUCCAUGCAGAUCAAGAUUCCUUGAUGAUGUUUUCUCUGUUUUUUUCUKUUUCUGCUCCCUGCCUUGUGACAAUCUAUAGUCUCAGAUCAGCUACAAUUUUAUAUUCUGCAUAUAAGGAYUAAAUUAGGCAGGCACCCACUUUCAGAUGGCCUUCUUGUCCUGAUACACCAUUGUCUUGUGAAGUACUGAGAUCUCUAGAAUUUACUGUGAUGUCUGAUUCAGACCAAAUGAAUGUUUAUAUCUGUAUGUUUGUCUAAUUUUUGUGUGAGGUUUCCACAUAARCUUUGUUUUCCUUUGCUCCAUACCUUYGGUGUACAGUUAAGUUUAUUUAAGGCUCCYCAUUAGCCUCUUUCAUGGUAGAGACUAUUAUUCCCGGGKUCCACAUCACAAACAUAUCUGAAACAUAGCACCYUARCUGWUUUCUGCAGUCAAGGUGAAACAAUGUUCUCAUCAAAGCCUUUUUUUUUUUWAAGAUUUUAUUUGAAAAAGUUAARUUAAAUAUUUUCCAACAUUUAUGUUCUAUGAUGGAGAUUAAAACAAUCACAACUGUUCAGSACUGUUGAUCAUUUUUCAGUUUAAARUCUGAAAGAAGAAACUGUUGUGUGUGACAUACUGUUCCKACUGGACACAUCUCAAAGGCUUUAGUUAUAAAAAACCUAUCGACUACCACACAUUUCCUCUAAGUCAGGGAUCAACUACUAUGAAAUUGUCAUAAAUUAUGUCUGUGAUUAUUGUCCCAAUUUUCCUCUCAUUGUACAAAAUUGGGAUUUAUGCUGUUAAUUUAUAUUAUUUAUGUGUGUAUUCUCUUUUUAUGUUGCUUGAUUUCUGACUCCAUGCUGCAGAAAACCAACAGCCAUUCCUGGCUCUGAAAAUAUUAGAUUAUUCAAAUACAAUGAAAACACUCAUUCAUUCCAGGACAAGAACAGGACAAAUUUACAUGUAAGAAGAUGAUGUAACCAUGUUGGGCCAAAUGUUCUAUCUGCAGGAUUAGCUCCCUUACAAUCAAACAGCAGAAACUUAAUGUAAUAUGGAGAGGCAAUAUUUAUAAACAUUUUCAGAAAAAAGAUCUAUAUUUCUGUUUGUUUUUUUCAUUUUAUGAAUGUUGCACAGUUAACUGUGUUUUCUAUUCAGAAGUCUAUUGGUGGGUGCAAACAACUUCCUUUUAUUAGUGCCUUCACUUUAUUAGUUUACAUGAUCAGAUGUUCAUAUGAUCCUUUUUUGGGUUUCUAAAUACAGGCUACAAGAACCAUAGUGUUGUGAAGUUGUGAACUCGUCUUAUAAAAUUCAGCCUUGUUUUGCCUACAUAUGCAUUCGUACCAAGGAAAUUUUGUAUAUAAAGUGGACUGCUGCUCUGAUGACAAGCAGACAAUUUAACAUUUGAUCUACCUUUAUGUUAUCCUAUCAAGUGUUUGUAGCUUCUGCAAAUUCAACAGGAUGGUUAACAAUCUAUUUGGACUGGUUUUAGGUGAGCAAACGAAGUAGUAGGGAUUCUCUUUAAACUCUUAUGAUUGUGUUUUAUAUGUUUCUUAUAGCAAGUAAAGUUUAAAUUCAAUGCAUUAACAGUAGUUGGAGUGUGAGACAGUUCAAAAAACAUAAGACUGACUUACUAAUUGACAAAGAAAUAUGUUUUU